GUUUCGCCCAAACUUCCUGCUCUCUGCCCAAAACCUAGCUCACCUCCCCACCCUCGCGCUCGUGAACGAAAUACAGUCGCGAUUAUAGCUAGCCGGGAAGGUGGGAAGGGAACGACGGGAUCUUGGCGUACAGAGACCACCGAAACUCCCUUCUUUCUCAUCCUUCUGCUCCGCUCCUGCCAGAAACCAUUGAGUAAGAUAAGCCUGUUCGUGCCAUUCCUCCUCUCCACUCGUCCCGGAUUCACUAAAUCCGCCGAUUCACAGGAUUCAUUAAAUCCGCCGAUUCACAGGAUUCAUUAAAUCCGGGAUUUAAGGCCGAAAUCCUCUAAAUCCAGGUGAAAUUCUGCUCUAAAUCCGUUGUCAGACAGCCCCCUAUCGUGGCUGCUGAUGGACCCUGUCUGAAAGCCUUGCCGAGUCUUUUUUCUGCUUCUUCGACAACCCAAAACCCUCAACGAAGAAGAAGCCAAAGCAAUCAUUGUCUGCCCGCAGAAUAACAGAGAUGGGGAAGGCGAAGAAAGGUCCCAAAUUUGCUGUAGUGAAGAGACUGAUUAGUUCCAAAACUCUUCGCAAGCACAAGGAAGAAGUUUUAAACCCUAAAAAGAAAGAUAUAUCCAAGGAAAAGCUCCCCCGUAAUGUGCCGAGCAUUUCCUCUGCUCUCUUUUUUAAGCAUAAUACAGCACUUGGGCCCCCUUAUCUUGUGAUAGUGGAUACUAACUUUAUCAACUUCUCCAUCCAAAACAAGUUGGAUUUGGAGAAGGGAAUGAUGGACUGCCUCUAUGCUAAAUGCACCCCUUGUAUCACUGAUUGUGUUAUGGCUGAACUUGAAAAGCUGGGACAGAAAUAUCGUGUGGCUUUAAGGAUUGCCAAAGAUCCUCGUUUUGAGAGGCUUCCAUGCACACACAAAGGGACAUAUGCUGACGACUGCAUAGUCGAGAGAGUAACUCAGCAUAAAUGCUAUAUUGUUGCUACAUGCGAUAGAGAUUUGAAGCGAAGAAUACGCAAGAUUCCCGGCGUUCCCAUCAUGUACAUUACUCAACACAAAUACUCUAUUGAACGCCUGCCAGAAGCAACUAUUGGCGGAGCUCCAAGGAUUUAGUGUAAGAUUCAUUUCAGAUCGAAGGGAAUUGACUCCUCAAGGUUUUGUUACUUUUGAUGUUAUAAUUUAUAACAUACUUCAGAAAUAGGGAAGAAACAUGUUGAAUUGGAAAUAAAUUUAAUUGAGCAUGCAUUAGCAAAGAGGAAGUUGUAUCGCAUUGCUUAUGAAUGCAAAAUGUGAUAAACU